CUGUGUUUCUUUCAAACUAAACUAAUUUUUCAAAAUUAUUUUUACGUAUAGUCAUAUUACAAUUACUUUGUUUCUUUUACCAAUUAUUCAGUACAUUAGAUUUUUAUAAAUCACGCCCUAAAUAUUUCAUUAUUUUGAGUCUAGAAUCUGUCAAACAACACUUUGAUGAAUGUAAUCGUUCAAGUUUCAAUAGGAAAUCUUAAUUAUAAACAAAGUUAUUCAAUAAAAUAAAAAUGGGUGCCAUAUUACCCUGUUCUCCUCUAUAAAUAAGAAAAUAACUAGCAAAAAAUUUCUAAAUCCAUUUGCCACGUGUGAUGAGUUUAUAUAAUGAAGUAUGUAUAAACCUGUUAAUCAAGAACGUCACACAAUAAUGUUAUUGCGUAACAUUCUUGCUCAACAGGUUUGUACAUAAACUUAUUGUUAGCACACGUUACGGAUGCAUUUAAAAAAUUUUCGCUCGGAUAGUUGACGAAAGCAAUAAAACAAAUUUUCUGCUUGAGUAUUUUCUACUUGGUUGACGUAUCUAACCAGAAUUUGCCCAAUUUUAGAAAACCUAAUUAGAAAAUUUAUUGAAUGUAAUAGAUUUCAAAAACAUUUCCAUUGUAACAUAUCAUAUCACAACGUUUUAAAAACAUUUCUAUUGCAAUAUUUCACAAGACAUUUGAAUACUUUUAUUUCUAAAAGGUAAUAUCGCAUACGAGAUAACGAUUAGAACUUAAAAUUUUGUGUGCAACAUAAGAUCCUUUAUAUCACAAAAUCAGAUUUUAUUUGCAUCGACUAUUGUAAUAAUAACAUAAUCAUGAUAUAUCACAUAAACAAUCGCCGAUUUAUGAGCAUCGUCAUAAGAUUUCUCUUUUACAAUGAUUAUUUUAUCCAAGGCCAUCUCUCGCACAUCUAGUAAGAUUCAAUUCUCUAAGUUUUUAUUUUUCAAAAGCAUAAAGAGUUGUUUAUCAAGCAUAAAGAGUUGUUUAUCAAGAAAAUCACGUUUAAUGAAUAUUUACAUACUGUUUGGAUACACGUUUCCGUAAUGUAUAAAUAGAUACUAAUGUAUUUAUUAAAAGUCUUUAACGUAUAUUCAACGUUUAUUCAGUGUAAUGUCUCUUUUCAUUUGAAAAACUACAAAAAUACGAAAAACGUUAUAGCUGUUCUUCAACUGUAUGUCGAUAAUAUUUUCGCAUUUUUAUAGCUGUUUCCGUAAAGAUGACAAAAACGGAAUUUUAAAUAUGUAAAAAAAAAUUAAAUGAUAAAGAUCAACUAGUAUCGGCUUUUUGUUGAUAUUAUUUUCCUAUAUUUGACUUAAUUCUCCGAGUCCAAUACUGUUAAGUCGAAAAGAUACAAAAAGACGUUAUAAGAUCUUAUAAAACGUUUUUAUGCAUGUAAAAUACAUUAAAAACUGCAUCAAUUUUAAAAGUUUAUUUUUUCAUCUUAACACUUAUUAGCCAACGUAAUUUUUUGUUCGUCACUAGCCAUCGUGGGCCUCGCCAUUAGUAACUCGCGUUUUACGCUUCUAUUAAAAGGUACAUCGCAUAAUGCGAUGGUUUUCAACCCUAAUUUUACUUAGUUUCAAUUUUCUAAUAUACCAUUAAACAGUGAAAUAAUAUAUUGAAAUUAAAAAAUUAAUUAAAAUUAAUUACAUUAAAAUUUGUUUUUCUGUCAACAUAAAUCUAGUCCUCCAAACUAACCAUUAAUUUUACUCUGUAUUAUUAACUGUGCUUAAUGAUCAAAAGUCCAUCCACUGAUUUUCUUUGGGUUUUUCUGAUUAUAAUGCAACUCCUCUCUCGCGUGCUGUGCUCUUGAUCUCGUCAUAGCUUAAUAAUUUAACAGCUGUUUAGAAGUGAAAAAAUGGAUUUAAAAAUUGAAACUAUAUCGACUAUAAGAGCUUUUUUAAAUAAUUCUUAAUUUUGCCUUAAAACUUUAUCAGUAUCUUUACUUUUCAGUUAUGGAAAGGAUUGAAUGAAUAUUUAUUCAACAUCCUACUAAACAAAUUAAAUUUCGAUUUACAAGAUGAAAAUUUUGCAACACUUGAAAAGUUAUAUAUAGCUUAUAACAUAAUUCUAAGCAAUAUUUUUUAAUUCCGCAAAAUGGAGGAGUGGAGGAGGGACAAAUUUUCAAGAAUCAGCAAUCUGGUGUUAUGUUGAGACGUUAAAAUAAAGGGUGCGUUUGGAGAGAACGCUACUAGCGUUAUUUGUAUUUUUUACUACUAUCAUUAAUUAGAUGUAACAAGGAUAGACUAAUUCAAAUAACGCUAAUAGUGUCUCCCCAAACACACACUAACAGAGCUCUCAAUCCACUUUUUUGUGCUAAUCUAUUCGGCUAUGUCACAUCGAGAAACACGUGUAAAUAAUGCAAAUGAAUGUGAAAGAAUGAUUGUAUUAAAGCAACGCAUUCUCAGACGGGGCAAUGUGAUAAAAGUAAUGGAAUAAGUUGAUUAUUUACAGAGACAUAUACAAAGAAAAUGAGUAUUUGACUGCAUGCACAAUUAACUUGCUGCAAUGUAACAUCACUUCAGGAAGAUAAGAAAAUUGAUGAAUAAGGGAGAACUGAUUUUUUACACAACCAUGUCUAUGAUAAAGUUUGCUUUAUUCGGCCUGGUAUUAUCCUUGAUAAGAGUAUCAUACGAAUGGCAAGUGAUGAAAUGUUGCCCACCAAGACAGAUCUUUGUAUUCAACGUAUUCACAUGUGUACCAGUACCACUGAUAUUCGCGAUAGAGGUUUAUUCUCACUAUUGGAACUUUACCAGUGAGUUCCAAGGAAUUCCUCAGUGCAACGAACCUGAGGAUCUUGUGACAACGCCACUCGACGAUCUCAAAUCUGACACUAUCUUAGAGGUGCCAGCUUGCCUUGAAUUAUUUUACACAGAAAAUGCAUACAAACCCAUAAUAAUAAUUCAUCAUUGUCUAUCAAUUAAGGACCAACAAGUGAAAACAAUUAACGCAUCCUUUGAACAGUUCUUAUACAUUAGAAGAUGCUGCUCUGGUGAUACAAUAUUCGACAGCAGCACAAAGACAUGUGUGACCCAGUUAAACGAAACACAGAGUCUUGGAGCAGUUUUGAUAAAUAGAUCGACUGCAGAAAGUGCAGUGAUACUCUCUUUCUUUCCACUUAUAUGCAAAGGGCCGAUCGUUAAUUACGAAAUUACCGAAAACGAUAUCUUUCUAUGGAACGAUACAUAUUUGGUGAAGGUUCCAGAGUUCAAUAAUAUUGUCAAAGAGGAACCUGUUUUUGGGGAUAACAUUUGUAUCGAGAUGAUGUCAGAAUUUGCAGUUAAACGAAGUUUGGCAGUCCGUAUCUGCAGAAAACCGGAAUUCUGCGACAAAAACGCUUGUAUCAGAAAGUGUUGUUUCGAAGAUAAACAUGUUUAUAUUGAUGAACAUCAAAAUUAUUAUUGCAAUUCAAGCCCUGUACCUAAUAAACCCGGAAAAUUUUACAAUGCUCUUGCAAACGCCGUGAGUCAGACGAAGUCGUUCACUUUCGACACGACCAAAGUCCACGGAUUUUGGAGUAAUGUUUUACACCCCCGUAUAUACAUCCCGUGUAAAAAAAUACACCGUUUCUGGGACCCAGAUGAAUGGGAAGAACGUAUGUCAUCGAAAUCAAAUGGACAUACGAACGACAGGCACUGCUUCGACGUCGUGGAAGACAAAGUCAACAACUUUUAUCGUUUUGAAUUGCUUUACUGUGACGAAUACAUAGGAAAGCAAAAUUACAUUUAUACUAGCCCUAACUGGAGGUUCGCCAUAUUUAUCGUCAAAUGUUUAUUUCUAUUGAUGACCUUGCUAGUGUACGCGUACUUACCAAAUCUGCAAAAUAUUCAUGGAAAAACGGUCAUAUGCUAUGUAAGCAGUCUCUUACUGAGUACCGCCUUUAUAUUCAGCAGGGAUUUGCGUGUAAAAAUCACGAAUGAGCAAUUAGGAAAGACAUCGUGCAAAGCUUUAGCUUACAUCGAUUUUUUUUUUGUGUGUUCGACGCAUUUCUGGCUUAACGUUAUGUGCUUCGACAUAUGGCGGACCUUUGGAACUUUACGUGAAAAUAGAAUUAUAAACAAUCGCAAGAAAAGGAAACAAUUUCUAUUGUACUGUUUAUAUGCGUGGGGCAUCCCUCUUCUGCAGUCAAUCCUCACUAUCGUUGCCGAUAACAUGGAUGUAUUGCCAGAUUUUCUGAAACUCAGUUUUGACGUGUUCGAUUGUCGGUUCGCAUAUGAACCCUAUUGGGAUAACUACGGCGAAUUAAUCUUCUUUUAUGGACCGCUAAUGAUUCUGAUGAUAUCUAACAUCGUGUUCUUCAUUCUCACGACGAAAUAUUAUAAUAAGGUAAAAGCAGAUAUAAAAAAUGUAAUUACGGAUCCCAGAAGCAAACAACUUAAUUCCAGUAGGAAGAGAUUUAUCAUGAAUGUCAAACUGUUUAUCGUCAUGGGACUGACAUGGAUAUUUGGGAUAGUGGUCUACUUCCUUAACAAAUUUUUAGGUUACAAUCAUCACUGGGAGAUGUUUGCUUACAUCCACGCGAUUUUGUAUUAUCUCGACGAUUUAUUAAUUUUUAUUAUUUUUGUUUUGAAAAAAAGCGUGUAUAAAGCUAUUUGCAAACGAUAGAGAUCAAAAAAUAUCAAAAAAUCGACUUGCAACUUAACCAUGAUUGUUUACUUAUAGGAUCAGGAAAAGCACGAUCAGCAGUAUUUUUUGUUUCAUUUGCGUGACUUAUUCUUUAAAAAAAAGUCGAUAACUAGCCGUAUUAAAAAUUUGAGAGAUCGGAGAGGGAGUAACAAUAAGAGAAAGUAACGAUUCAAAUAAAAAAAACAGAUGAACCAUACUAUGAGUUUGGUUAAUCUGGAUGGCCCCAGAGCCGGACUAAGGCAAUCUUGCGCCCGGGGCAAAUGUAGAAUAUUGCGCCCUCACCUUAAAGGCAUAUUACAAUAAAUAACAAAACGCAAAAGUGUAGUAUUUUGUUUUGUAUCUUUGCAUUUUUUGUAGUUUUUAUCUACUCAAACUGCCAAAGUGCUUCUAAUCAUAAUAAAAGAAAA